AUGCCCUCCACCAAGUCCAUGGCAGCUAUGCUGCUCUCCGCCAUGACAUUGGCACCCGCCUUGGCCAACCCUAUUGCGGCCCCAAUGCCAACCGCCGCACCAAGCUCUGUCGAGGUUGAAUCUGCCUUUGUCGAGCGCAACAUUGAGAAGCGUGCUGCAACCUGUACCUUCAGUGGCUCUCUCGGUUACUCCUCCGCCAGCAAUUCUAAGGCAUCAUGCUCAACUAUCAUCCUCAAGGAAUUGACUGUCCCCGGUGGUGUCACUCUUGACAUGACCGGUCUCCCUGAUGAUACUACCGUCAUCUUCCAAGGAGAGACAUCAUUCGCUUUCAAGGAGUGGGAAGGACCACUUUUCGCCGUCAGUGGAAACAACGUCAAGGUCGCAGGAUCUAACGCCGACACUGCCAUUCUUAACGGAAAUGGUGCUUCUUACUGGGACGGUGAGGGUGGAAGCGGUGGCAAGACUAAGCCAAAGUUCUUCCAAGCCCACGACUUGACCAAUUCGCUUAUUGGGAAUCUUACCAUUCUCAACCCACCUGUUCAGGUUUUCAGUAUUAACAGUGUUUCAAACCUUGAAUUGGCUUACAUCACUGUCGAUGCUUCCGCCGGUGAUGCUUUGGCCAAGAACACCGAUGCUUUUGACAUCGGUUCUUCCGACCAGGUUAUCAUUGAGUACGCCACUGUCUACAAUCAAGAUGAUUGCGUUGCUAUCAACUCUGGAAGCCACAUUACCUUCAAGAAUGGUUACUGCUCGGGUGGCCACGGUCUUUCCAUCGGAUCCGUAGGAGGACGUUCUAACAACACCGUCGAUACUGUCUCUUUCCUCGACUCCACUGUCACGAAGUCUGUCCAAGCUAUCCGUAUCAAGACUAUCGCCGGUGACACCGGACUUGUCAACAACGUCGAGUACGAUGGCAUCACCAUGAGCAGCAUCUCCAAAUACGGUAUCCUCAUCGAGCAAAACUACAAUGGUGGUGAUCUUCACGGAGACCCUGGCACCGGUGUCCCCAUUACCGACUUGACCAUCAAGAACAUUGUCGGUACCGGCGCUGUCGCCUCUUCCGGAAACGAUGUCGUUGUUGUCUGCGGUAGUACCUCUUGCAAGUCCUGGACUUGGUCUUCUGUUGCCGUUACUGGUGGUAAGAAAUACGCUUCUUGUCAGAACGUCCCAACUGUUGUUGGUGCUUGCUCUUAA